AUGUACCCCAUCCAACCUGUCAACACCUCGGCUCACCCAAAGGCCCCCAAGUUGCGGAACGCCUCCGAGGCUUGCGUGCAGGCCCGCAAGUUACGGAAUGUCCCCGAGAUUCCGAGCAGUCCAAUGCACUGCAUCAACAAGGUGCUUCCCAAAGAAGCAGACUCAGAUGCAAAGGCUUUGUUGGAACCUGCUAGCCCCUGUGGAGCCGAUUUUUAUCAACUCGGCAAAACCGCCUGCCAGCCACUCAAAACUUACGCCUAUCAAAAUCUUUACGAUUGGAUCGCCAGGCUUUUCUCUCGUCCAGGAAUUGAAGCUUCAUUGGAAACCAUUGCCAAUCUCGCUAGCGAACCCUUCGAUCCCGCGUUCGAAGCAACUGACAUCCACCAUUUGAUGAUGUGGAAACAGUUCCUUGGGCCAGAUGGAUCCCAGUACACCAAGAACCCUGACAAACUUACCUUUGGUAUUUUCAUGGAUGGUAUUAAUCCAUACGGCAACAAGCAAUCCGGCAAGCACGCCAGCAUCACCUUCAUGGUCAUGCCGUCGCUCGAGCAGAUAAACUGGAUUUUACGACCGAUUGUAGAACAACUCAAGGUACUCUGGGACACAGGGCUUGUCCUUUCACAAACUCAUCUGAAACCUCAAGGACGCCGCAUCCGUGCCGCCAUCCUCCCGUUCUUUGCCAAUUUGCCAGCUCUUCGUUGUGCUCUUGGAUUUCCUGGUCCCACAUCGACUCGAAUGUGUUCUUACUGUCUCUUGACGAAGGACGAGAUUACAAACCUCAAGCCUGAAACCUGGCCACCCCGAAACCUGGCAGAUCACAAAGAAUGGGUGAUCAAAUCUUGA